AUGACUUCUCAGGCCAGAGUUCCGUUCACCUCUGUAGACACAUCGAUAAGUCAGCCGCUCAAGGACGAGGUUGAGUCGCCGAGCAUCUCCAGCACAAAUGCGCUCGCCCGCUACGAAUACGACCAUGCCACCACAGAUGGCACCAAGAUCCUCAUGGUAGAAUGGGAGGACGACGACACAACACGAGGGGUGCGCGGAGACUGGCAUAUAUCUUGGGAAGGCAGUACAAGGGUUCUCCCCACGGAUGAUCAGUCUGCCAACGAUGUCAAUCGCAUGUACUUCCUCCUGCCUCCAGGAGUUGCAGUGCCUACGAGCGUGACACUCACACACAGACCGGAGGACACCGACAAGGCGCCGGUGGUGUGGAACACCAACCCGUUGCCUGCCAUUUUCCCGCCCGAGUUAGGGGCAUCAGCACGCGCGGCGGGAAAGAAGGGUGUUUUGCAUACCAUAUGGGCGAAGAAGAGGUUACAAGUGCUGCAGAAGGAGAUCGCGGCCGAGUCACGAAACAACAUUGAGGGUAUUGGCUAUCUGAUGGCGGUUCAAGAGAAAGAUUGGAUUGAGGAAUCUUUUGGCGUGAACGCAAAACCAGCUGGUCUCAACAUCUCGCUCGCGCAAACAACAGUGGCACAGCCAAAGGGUCCUACAAGUCCCAGGACACCCGGCGGAGGACGGCUGAUGGAAAAGCUAGCCGGCCUGAGGUUGGGCACAAACGAGAGGGAUCUCACACCAAAGUCAGAAGGCAACGGCGGCAUGCCUCACCUGAACCCUCUGUCGCCAGAGACUUCCGACGUAGCCGUUUCGUCUUUCGCUAUCUUCAAAGGUGCGAACCCCUCUACACUUGCAGCCAAGCCUCCGCAGCAGCCCCAGCCAUCUCAAGCAGCACCUCGCAAACUUGCAGCUCAAGCCCCGCCGCCUUCGAUUGUUGCACAACAGGGCUCGGGCAUGGGCUCUCUUAAUGCAUUGUCAGCUCCGGAUCCGAGCUUCCAGUCUCGAGGCCUGUCAUUACCCUCAGAGAGUGAUGACAAGGAUGACGAGCUUUUUGCGCUGCCCCUCAGUCCGAGGAGUCCCGAGCUUGGGACGAGUCCGUUCUCGUUUGCGGGGAAUGACACGUCAAAAUAUCUGAAAGGGGAGAGUGCCACAUGA